AAAGAUAUUACAUCAUGUUAUCAGUAAUGAACUAUAUUCUAUAACUAUUAACGGUAUUGGCAACUUCAUAAAAUAUAAACAUUCCAUUUAGAUUUCAUCACUGCCUUUACAAUCCCCACCAGUCCACCACUGUGCAAUAUUGUGCUGUUGUUUUGCGGGUUGUUGUCUAUGGGGCAAUGUUGUGGUAAUACGGUGUUUCGUAGCAAUCUGUGAGAAAGUCGCGGCGUCUGUUUUCGAGACAGCUGUAGAAGAAUGCAGCCGAUAUUAGGUGAUGGGGUUGUUACUGCACUGUCUUCGUUUAGAUCUGAGAACUCGUGGCUUAUGUUCUUCGUUGACGGUGGUGAUGGAGCCGGAAGAAAAAUAGCUGCAGUCCUGGAAUCUUGGUCAAGCACUUUGAGAGAUAAAAAUAUAGUAGUAAUGUCAACACUGUAUCACAGUGAAUUACAUUUACAGUUUGAAGAUGUCUAUGGACCAACACCACUGAAUACGGUGACAUUUGUUUCGAGAAGAGGCGCUGCUGUUAUUCGCUGGAAAGGCCAUGGGAAUAUUGAAGAGGUUGUUGAGGAAAUAUUAGGAAUCAACAGUGUUCCAGAUGCAGAACUUCGUGAGUUUGGUUACCCUUCAGAAGAGUUCGUGAGAUACCUCAUGCUAGGUAAUUCAGACAGUGAAGAGGUACCAGUGGCAAGUGGGUCUGCAAGUCCGCUUGAGAGCUUGGAGAAACAAAUACAGCCCAGCACGAAUAAAGAAAGGCAGCCGAGUGUGGAGAAGGAAAUGCAGGCCAGUGUGGAGAAGGAAAUGCAGGCCAGUGUGGAGAAGGAAAUGCAGGCCAGUGUGGAGAAGGAAAUGCAGGCCAGUGAAUUGUCUGGGAAGAAAAAUAUCCCAGGGCAGCCCAAGGAGUUGACAGUACUUCAGAUCCGCUGCCCAGAUGGUUCCUCAGUGACUAAAACUUUUAAAACUUCCAGUUUGUUAUCAGAAGUGAGGGAAGUCAUAGCAGCACAUUUUUCAUCUGAAGGUUUUGGCUUAGCAACAUCAUUUCCACGCCAUCAUUAUGUCAGUGAAGACUAUAGUAGAAAUCUUGGUGAACUGGAUCUUUGGCCUAAUGCAGUCUUGUUGAUAGUACCUGCAGAUCCUCGACAGGAGAGUAACAACAUGUCACUGCGGAGUUAUACAGCACACUUCAGUAGCUGGGCUUACUCACUGAUAAUGUAUAUGUGGAACAGAAUCAGCAGAUUUUUUCCAUUUACUGCAGGUGGUAAUUCACAACCUGAAACAAAUACCAGUGACAGAUUAGCAAAUGCACAACCUGGACCCUCUGGAUCACGGCACCGUAGCAACGUUCACACUUUGAGGGACAAAGAAAAAGAUGAUGAUAAAAGGAGAACCACAUACAAUGGAAAUUCCACACAACAGCUAUAAAGAAACAUUGCCAUUACAAAAAUGGCUUUGCACUAUUUAUUGGUGUGUUGUAUGUGACACGACUGAAUGAAGCAAAGUUUAAGCAGUUUCAGUUAGUAUCUCAAGAUAUUUAAAUGUGGAUUGAGAGUAUAUUUCUGCCAUUUCAAAUCUAUUUGAAAAAUAGUCCCAACACAGGACUGUUGUUUGAAGAGUUAAGACUUGAUCUCUUUUGGGGAACACCAAUAAGUCAUUUAAAAAUGGCUCCCAUUUGUACUGGCUGUGGCAUAAUGUUACUUUGUUAAAGUUUUAUUGAACUUUUAAUACAUCAAUGUAUUGUCUUGGAGCUGGUUAAGCAUCUAUUGAAGUUUUUACUGUUAACAUUUAGCAAUCUUGGAUUUAAGAAUGAUUGUAUGUUUUACUUGUGAAAAUGAAAUAUUCAUGAUCAGGUUGUUGUUUUUUUAAUACAGUGCACUUAUUGUUUGCUUUUUAAAAGAGUGAAUGUCAAAAAAUGUUCAUAAUUAUGUGUUAUAUUAAAAUUUGUUUAGUGUUGAAUGGUGAUAAAAAUUAUAAAUUGGCUGCGGUUUACAGGCCUCAUUUGAAGAUUAAAU